AUGGGACUAGGGUUAGUAUCGAAGGUAUUUCCAAAAGUUCUUAACCAAUUUACAAAUGUUAAUGGUAGUAACUGUAGUAUUAAUUGAAUUGGCAAUGUCGACACUUCUGGUAUUAUUGAUAUUGAAUGGAACCCGAUUCAGGAUGGAACGACUUUUGCCGAUACUGAAGGGAGCUCGAGGAUUCAUUAACUCUAGUGUUAUUCGGAUGGAACAAGUUUGACAGGGGCCUUAAAAGAGAAUUUUGGUGUUCAUAUCAGCUCCUCGAAUGGCGUUUUUUUGGAUUGGAUUCCCUUGGCCACUUCACUUGCAGUAGUGUUUUCUGAUGGUUCGGUCUCUGUUGCAUCUCUUAUAUCGUUACAAAAUCUCCUUGAAGAUCAACAAUUUAAAGCUAAUAUCUUAGAUGUUUUGGUGGCUUCCUUUGACCCCUUUAAGCAGCUGUUUGUAUAUACUGGAUUAGACGAUUUCAAAUUCAUUGGUUGGGAUUCAAGAGGCGAUACUUCAUUACCAGCAUUUCAAAUCUCUAAGGCUCACAAAACUGAAAUUUGUUGCAUUUUGAAGAACCCUAACAAUCCAUAUUCUUUACUUGUAGGUGAUGAGUAUUUGAGGAUAUGGGAUGUCCGGUCUAUCUCAAAAUGUGUCGAUGGAACUUCCAUCUAAUUAGGAGGUGGAUUGAAGAUUAAGAAUCAUCUUCGCAGCGGACUCGUUUUGACAGCUUGUAUGCACAGCGAUUUUUCCAUUGUUAAUACAAUCGUUAAGAGUCCUGAAGUGAUCGAGACAUAUAAUAAGCAUGACUUUCUUAGCUAUGGAGCUGAUUGUCAGAGAAACAGGCUCGAUCCGGAAGGCAAGAUAGAUGGUAGUGUGGUGGACACUUGCUCGUUUUAUGACCGUCUUCUGGGCAGAUAUUCUUGCUUGAGGUCGUGGUUCUGACUUCAGAUUGUAUCAUACUGGGAUUUUUAAUCAAGUUUCCAAGUCAUCUGAGACUAGGAGAGUUUGAAAUUAAUGUGCAAACUUCAGAAGCAAGCAAUUUGAGCAAUGGGGACCGUUGAAAGAGAAAGAUAAUGUUUUUGAGGCUAGAACACAACAGUUAGUCCAUACUGCAACAAUCACCCAUUUUUAGCCUCAAGACAAUUGUGGGUGGGUGAUACCGUAACCACUUCCUUUGUCUUUACUCUUAUGCUUGUAUGUUUCUGCCGUUAGACUUGUUCAAUUUGGACUCUUAACCAUUUGGUAGGCGGAAAUAAAUGGAGAUAAGAGUUCAUGUUAUGUAUCGAGAAAUUUUGACGCUGUCGUUUAAGAUUAAACUCGCAACCCUGUGAAGUUGAAAUGUUAUUGAUUUUGAGAUGGGACUUAAUUUUCAAAACUAAACACAAAUUUAUACCGUUACUAUCAUUUAUACAUACCUUUGAAACUAGUACAUCAUUAUUAUAUCAAGUAAGGUUACGGCCCAUGUGAAAGCUAUGGUCAUAAUCAUGUGAAACUAGUACAUCUUAGAAAGCUAUGGUCAGGAUUAAGGGAGGGUUGGAUGACGGUAGACCAUACCUGUAUCAAAGGAAAUAAGGAGGUUACGGCCCAUGUGACCCUCAGCUCGAUCAAACCUUUGCAAUCCAUAAUCAUAUCAGAUACCCUUCCUUGGCCCAGCCACUGUAAAACCUGCUUUUACUUUGGUUCAAUUCUGU